AUGGCUGCCAGUGUCGACGGCUCAAAGUCGUCGUUGCAACGCCUUCUUUCCCUCGACAAAUCCUUCGAUUCUCUUGAACAGCGCGUUCAAGAAGCUGCUCGAAUUCUUGACAUCUCUUUAGAUCCCACAUCCGAACACAAAUCGCCUGCUCCUUCCUCACUCUCACAUACUGCUCGUCUGGACUUUGUACUGCGCUGGCUGCUUGACAAGCUCUCUGUCCAGCCAGAUACCUGCCAAUGUCUCCAAUCAUGGAUCCUCCUGCGUCAAAUCCUUGAGCGCAUGCCCUCUGCUGCUCUGGCCAAGUCCCUGUCUGUCGCCAGUCCGCUCAACACCUGCUCGAACGCUCUCGCUCAAAUCUUCCCUUCCACCUCUGCAGCUCCGGAUACCGCAGAUGACGCCCACAAAUCCACGAAAAAGAGAAAGAGGCAAAGCGCCGCCAAUGACACGACAUCUGAUCACCAUGCUCUCAUUUUUACCCAAGUCAUGGCUUCAAUUCGCCUCUUGAUCACUCGUUCCACCCAAUCUCCUUCUGCGAAAGAUGCCUCCUCAGAGAAUCGUGUCCAUGCUCUUCUACGCCUCGAUCAUGCAGAUUUGAUCCGCUUUGUCAAAUAUACUCUCCAUGCCUUGCUGAAUUUACAAAACUCGCCCAACAUUCCAGCUUCUCUUAUCGCAUCCUCGUUGGCCCUCAUUCAAGACCUAGCAAUUCUCCAGCCGAACGCUUCAGUCGAUCCUCUGGACAUCUCCUUCUGCACCGAUUGCUUAUGGCCAGCCGCUCUUAUCCUACAAUCCUUGCAUGCGGAUUCGACUUCAGACGGCGCUUCUCAACAACAUGCCAUUCGAUCGCUCGACCGUUUACUGGCCACACACCUCUUCGUACCAGCAAGAGUUGCUUUCUAUAGCUCAAAGGCCGUUGUACAAAAGAAACGCCAACAAGUAGAAGUUCCUGGACUGGUGCAAAGACUAGAACCUUUGCGCUCACACAUCAAAGCUCUUCUCGACGAAGAUGCUUCUAUCUCCGUGAAGCAAGGUCAACUUUCCUCUGCAUAUGGAUGUGUACCAUUGUUACUGGAUUUGGCUGUCCGUUGCGCGCCUAUUGCCAGCCCCAAGCAAAGGAUAGUCGAGGCCCCAUGGAUCCAUCUCGUUUUCAAGUCCUUACUAGAUACCAUGACUUCCUCUGCCAAAGCUUCGGACGUUUCGAUUGUCAACCAAAAUUUGAAUGAAAUGUUCAACGUACUGUCAAGUAAAAGCCUAAUACUUGAUGCAGAUGUACUCGGCGAAAUUCUGGAUCAGCGAUGCAAUCUGUCGACAUCUCAUCCUGACUUCCCGCUUGUUGCUAAGAUUCUCCACAUGAACGCUAGCAUGUUCACAGAUAUAAGCGCUACUCCGGCGAAGGCUUUGUUCGAGGCACUGACAAGCAAUGGAGAAGCUAAAGCAUCCGCGAUCACAAGUCUGCAAUCUAGCGAUGACUGGUCAAAUCCUCGAACCGUUUGCUACAAGAUUGUAGUGCCUCUGAUUCACGCUUAUGCUCGUACCCGCAAUCUCCCUGCUUUCCUAGAACAGUGGUCCUCCUGUCUCAGCACUCAGAUCUCUUCAAAAAAGACGUCCAAAUGGCUUCUCUGGGCAGAUUUGUCCUUGGAAGAAGCAUUGAGGGACGUGCUGGAAACGUCACUGACACCCGUACAAAUAUCGGAACUCCUGGACUCUCGUCAGAAUGCAUUGAGUCAGUCAACUUCAUCUUCUUCUAUUGCAAGCGCUCAAGCCUUCGCGAACAUCGUCUUGCUCAACGCCGUCGUUGGUGCUGUGAAGACUGACGCUACCAUUGACACCCUUAUGCCGUACUUAGAGUCGUUGCUUUCUGCAGUGGACAGUGCUGUCCUCCAGGCUUCAGACAUCGGUGGGCCUCUUUCUGCCCAUAUCCUCGGCCUGUGUUCACGAGUCUAUCUGCUAUGGUACCCAAUCUGGUCGACUUCCAAUUCGAGUGAGAAUGUUGAGAUGAGAAACGCAGCACUUCUGGAUGGACCGGUCACCAAAUUUGCCAUGGAAAAGAUUCAGAGCGGCUCCAAGCCAAAAUCUGGCGCCUCCACAGGCACGAUAUCAGAAGUUGAUUCAGCGUUUGUCAUCAUCGCCUCGAUAUGCGACAUGCAGAGGCAAUCGACUGGCCAUGAAUCCGACUACGCGCAUCUUUUCUGUCGUGCGGCUUUGCCCCCUGCAGGAGGAGAAAAGUCUAGCAGUUAUGCUGCACAACGACCUGCCGCAUUCUUGACUGUUCUCACUGACUUCCCUCGACUUCUGACUUGUGUCCCUGCGACUGAGAGAAUCCAACUGUUCAAGACUUUGUUCAGCAGCUUUUUCUUUGAUUCUCCGCAAUCACAUUCUGUGCUUGUCGAGUUCUUAGACGCGGUAUUCGCAACCAGCGAUUUGGCCACCAAAGACGACCUUUUCACUGUCGUCUAUGAAGCCAUGGAUGGUUCUGAUGUAUCGGGAUCAUGGCUUGAUAUGCUCCUACAGUGGCCAUUGAAGGGGUUCUCACGUUCACAACGCGAGAAGAUCUUGGAUGUUAUUGUAUCAUCAGCAACCAAAGAGAUGUUUGAGGGACAGACCAAGCAGCAAGCACUCGAUCUCAUUGCAGAACUACUCGAGCUUCCAAAUGCAACAGCCAAGAUCUCAGUGGAGCCUGUAGUGCUAUGGGAUCUUGCUGGAGUACCUUACAACAGCACCGAGCUCAACGCCUUCGAAGACAUAUGUCAACAUCUUCUCGGUCACAUAAUUGAUACGAAAGAACAGGACCGAAGCAAAUCGUACCUAGAACAGCUUUCCGGACUAAUAUCGAGUUUUGUCAGCAAACAGAAAGAUUUAGGCUUACCUUCAACACCAGGCAGAGUCUUGUUGGUCAAGGCACUUUUCGAGGCAUCUGAGGUUCGUCUCACCCAGGAGGAGCUGUCAAAUCUCCCUCACCGCUCAUCUUCUACCAUCGACACAUUUGUCAAGCGUUUAUGGGAGAUGUUUUCAAGCUCAACAGAUGGUGAGCUUAGUGGUGACGCUUUGGACAAAGCUCUUAUCGCUGUCCAGGUGUACACUGGCAUGCCGGCAUCGGUUUUGUCCUCCGGCGGAUCCUCGACCGAGAAAUAUACAAAACGUUUCGCUAAGAAGCUACGAAGUAUGGUCGAAAAAUCCGAUGGCGUCCCUGUACCGAUUUUGGUGCGAUGCUUCCAGCAGCUAUCUUCGGCUGCGUCCAAGGCUGAUCCUAUUGAUAUAUGCACAACUGCCGAGCAUCUGCUAAGGCAAGAAACCGAUGCCGGCCAAUAUUGGACCAUCACCGAUUCUGUCAUGAAAGCUGUCCAGAGUAUCUCCGAGGACGAAAAGCUCUCGUUGAUAGAACGGCUUCUGCCUACCUCAGUUCAGCAGUGCACUGCGGAAAAAGUCAUGUUGGUUAGAUGCAUCAUCAGUGCCAUGCAUGUCUCUCGCAAGCAUGGGGUCGCCAUUUCUGAAACUGGCUCAGUAUCUGUUCUUGUGCGCUUGCUAGAAUUGCUGAAUGCUUGCUCCGAGUACAAUGUUCAUCAGCAAUUGGUCGCAUGUGUUACAGCGGUAUUGAGGGAACAGCCCAAUCUUGUCACACAAUACUCUGCGGAGAUGACUAUCGCUACAGUGACCACACUUGCAUCUCCCUCGUCACCAAUCAAGAGCGUCAAGCAAGUGUCGCUCAUGUUUGAGGGCCUUUGUACAAUCACUCAAAGCCUUUUGCAAUUCCACCGCCCCAGUCUGGGUGGUCGUUUCCAUCUUCUGGUCCCGUUGAUGCAAAGACUUCUUGCUUGCCUUUUCAUGCCUAGUAGCAGAGAUGCGGGUACUGUUAACAGAUUCAAACAUCCAGCAUGGCUUGAUCCAACGAACGCAUCAUUAACUUUGAAGCACGCACAAAAGUUUUCGAGGCUUCUCGAAAACCUUUGCAAUCCUCCACAGCUCAAUGUUGCAGGAAAUCGAGGAAAAGCAGCUGAACUCGUCGACGAAACACGCAAAGCUCGCAUGCAUGUCGCUCAACAUGCUCCCCACAUCCUUCACUAUUACUGCACUCUCAUCCUGAAUGGCAAACUAGGCGAAGGCAUGCGCGAUGCACUUAUUCCAGGUAUGUGGGCAGUCAUCGAUGUCGCCGAGAUUGGCGCAGACGAUAGCCGUGGUGUCAAGGCAUUGAGCUCAAGCAUGGGCAAUGCCGAUCGUGCCGUCUUGAGAGGCAUCUGGGAAGAUUGGCGAAGAUUUGGUGGCGCUUGGAAGGGUUAG